AAAUUCAAUUACUUGAAAGUAGGUAAUUAAACCCGGGCAAAUCUCGAACUAAAUACAUGUAAUAGAUGAAAAGUCUUUGUUAUUCAUUUUAAACGUCGUGAAGGCUUGAUGCUCAUGCUGAUAUUAUAGCUUUUAUAUUCCGCCUUCAGGGCGAGAAGUCUGAUAUACAAGGUCAUGUUUUCGCCUGUGACUCAUAAAACUCCUUUCAAUCCACCCAAAUAACAAUUAGAAUGUUGGAACUGGCCGGAAGAGGUUGAUGUGAAAUCUCCAAUCUACGUAAAGCUAUUCGACAUCUCGAAUGUUUUCACACGGCCUUCGAGGUGAGCGAUUACUCGGCAGGUAAUCAAAUGUCUUUAGAACGUUCUGGUGAAUGCCCCUGUUGUCAGAAUACGUCUUUGAACCGAGUGAUCGCGCUUCACUGAUCAGUCGGCUUUGCAUGACAAUUCGCGAACUCCCAAGCGGUUUAGCGAAUGCUAUUCAAGAUUUGUUCAGCCUAGCGAGACAUUAUCACAACCAGAGCUUCACAAACUAAGUACCUCAACACGCAGCUAUAAACGUUUUACGGUCAAGAACCCCUUUUUUCUGGCCACGUCCAUUAAGGAAGUAUUUUUCUAGACCUUAGGUGAAGACCUACUCAUUAUGCCUGAAGAAGGGUCUGAGAAUCUUUAUGAGUGCAUGUCUAAAUAUUUAGGCAGUGCCGAUGCGCCUCAUCCGAAAAUCGGAACCUUGGAAAAUGCAGCUAAGAUUUACCAAAAAGGAUGCUACGAGAUGAUAGCUCGCAGGUGCUGUGAAGUGAGAAUCUCGGCGGAGUGCAUCGUUAUAGAUAACGGACCGACGGACAGGCGAACCUUUCAGAUCAAGAAAACCCUGUUUUGCGCAACUUACAAGAAAAUUCCAAAAGUUGUUGUUUUCAAUUACAUGAACGGAAGCAUGGAAAAUGGAAUACAGUGUCAUGCGAUUUUUACGAGCUCAAUCACAGAGGCUCAGGAUUUUGUCAAGGCAGUGACCACAGCUUUUAGCCAAGCUUACAGUAUGGACUUGGAUGGCAAAGAGAUACAUACGAAAACUCCGUCCAAGGGUAAACAAGCGGCUAAGAAACAUGGCCUCUGGAGCGAGAGAAUCACAGACAUUUUCGGGACUGUUACCCAGUGUGUGGGGAAAGAGUAAAACACUUGAAUAUAACGAAUCAUUGCGAAAGGUCGACAAGAACAGGAACUCUCUGGAGGUUGCAUUUUGACAAAAAGACAAUGCAAUCAAGAUUGAGAACAAAAAAACAAAAACAAAAGAGAAUUUAAUUCAAAGAAGACUCGGCCUUUGACCAAGCAGGGAACCCGUUGAGGACUUCAACAGAAGUAAAAUUGUUGUUUAAAUAGACGAUAAGGUGUAAUGAAAUGCUGAAAAAUACUUCCUGGGUGCCUAUGGUACCCAGUGUAUGUGUUGUUAUGUAAAAAAAUAACUAAAGAAAUUUGCCGAUGGCUCCUUGAUAUGCUUAUUUUUCUUCUAAAAUGAAAAAAAAAUUCCAUUUCAAGGAAGUUGUAAUAGAAUAGUCUUCUGUGAAGAAUUCCAAAGCUUUUUUUUUUCAUGACGAUGAUAUGUGCAUAUAUUGAAACUCUUUGCACGCAUCGCUAACAUCCUGAAGUUAUCUUGGGCUGCAGCACGAACUGCGCAGUUACUUUAAUUAGCAUCUAUUUGCAUGUGAAUAGAAUAUUGUAAAUAAAUAAAGUUCAUAUUUGAUCAUA